AUGAGUUCGCAAUCGUUUGGCAGCAGCGGCAGCCAGUUUCUGGAUUGGUCAGGGGACAAAGAAGCAGAGGUCCUCCGCACUUUCAAACUCACAGGUGUAUUUCUCUCACCUCUUCCAAGUCAACUAUCUUCACACAAUGAUCCAGCUAUUGAUUGGGAAGUUGCCCAGGCGUGGGAGGAAGCACUGCAGAAGAUAGAUGUGAAGCGACCAAGCAACAUUCCUGGCAUUGAUAUCCUAGCGAAUCAUGAUCAACUCUUGGAUGCCUUGGUACCGUGGGGAUUGGCUAAUGAAGAUUUUUUGAAUAUGAAUCGAGAUGAGAACCAGAGAAUGGCAUUGAGAAGGAUGGAAGAGAAGACGCUUACGGAUUUGCUGGGUCAUUUGGGGUUUUAA